CCAAAAAUUUCUCCCUCGUAUUUACCACCAUCGUCUUCCUCUCGAAACCAAGGAGACCAAAAUUCUAGAAUCUAGAGAGAAAGAUGAUUCCUCAACAAUGGACACCUCCAUGCGGAAACCAAUGCACCAAUAAAUACGCAGCGUUGAUGCAGAUUCCUUGGAGGGUAUUCUGUAAGAAAGGGUGUAAUGCUGAUGGUGAUACAUGGGAGGAAUGCUUGAGUGAGUGUGAUGAGAUAUGCUACAAAGAUCCAGUCUUGAAAGACCAACAAUGGAGUGCUUACAUUGAUCGCUCCCCUGGUUCUGCUACUUACUCACAGGAUUGCUUUCAUGCUUGUGUCUCGGGCUGUGGUUAUAAGUUUGAUAUUCCAUCUGAAAAAGUUACUGAAGUUCAUCCAAACCGCCCAUUACCACCACCACCUGCCGCCAAAACCAACCCACCACCACCCCGAAAAUCCGGCUCUAUCACUGAAGAUGUACCCAGCACUUCAGCAUAACCAGAGUUUUUAUGACACAUGUAAAAUGUGUCAAUUUUGUCUCAAAGUUAUUUAACCCAAGGAAUCAGAUGAUUACAUAAUGGUUACUAAGUUUUUUGUUUUUUCCCCUCACCCGGGGGUAUAAAUGACUUUUGACAUCUUUUUACCUGUAAAUGGUAAGAAACCCUAGAAAAAAAACGUUAUUUAGGUUUUUAUGAUACCAUUGCCUUGUAAACUUUGGUAACGAGGGAAGAUUUGUUGAAAAUUUGACAAAUUUUUAUAUAUAAUUGAAUUGUGUUUAUUUUAUGAUACUAA